UACUGAUAAAGGCAUUCAUUCAAGGUCACAAGGGUCCAGUGUGUAAAAGUAAAAACGAAAUUUGUUCUGCACGAGGAAUCAGAUAAGCGGCUGUCUGGACACGUGCACGCCGACCAUCAUGAAUAUCCUUGGGAAAAUUGGCAGAGUAUUUCUAAUUGUCUUGAAUUCUAUAUUCUUGAUACUGGGCGUAGCUGCGUUUAUUGGUGGAAUCGUGUUUUACAACAACAGUGGCGCCACUGGUCAUAAUGUAGCGGAAGUGAUGAACCAGAUCACGAUCGGGAGCUUCACCUUGGCAAAUCUCGUCAAACUCAUCGCCGGCCUCUUCAUCGCUGUCGGAGUCAUCGUCGUAAUCGUUGCUGUUGUCGGAAUCAUCGGCGCGUCGAAACAACAGAGAGUACUGCUCAUUAUCUAUGCCAUCGUUGUGAUCAUCGUCAUUAUCAUGCAGCUUGUCAUCGCCGGGGGAGUGUCCCAGAUGAAAAAUGACCUGAAUUCGACAGUGAAGAACCGGAUGUUGGAACUACUUCGACCUUACGAGGGCAACCAAGGCAGUGCCCUCACCACAGCCUGGAACUGGCUUUUUAUGACAUUUGACUGUUGCGGCGUCAACCCAUUGAUCCAAACCAACGACAUGGUGUACACAUUCUGGUGGAGGAACUUCAACAGGGGCACUGAUCAGAUCCCUGGGUUUUGUUGUAGGGACGCUAACCCACAGAACGCACAGUUUAACGCUCGACAGGCCUGUACGAUAGCACCCACCUCGCUCAACUCCUUCGUAGACAGGGGAUGCUUUGACGUGUUGUACCAGACUUUGAAUAAGUAUAACAUCGAAGCCAUCAUCGGAUGUAUUAUCUUCCUGUUGGUCGAGAUCGCCGCUUUUACAUUUUCUGUCGUCAUGGCACAUCAAAUCGGCCGUACCGCUAGUAAAAAGAAUAUCACGUGAUUGUGGUCAACAGCCAAAAAUAGGCACGUAUACGUAAAGGACGAGGUUUAUAUAGAAAGUGACGCAAUUGAUAAGUUUUAUCUUGGAAAUCCCUCGGACGAAUUAACUCAGGAACUGACAUAAACACGGAGAUCAAGUACAAGAUGUAACCAAAUAGAUGAACGAAUUGUUUUUGGAAACCACCUGAUGGAUAAAUUAACAAGGAAACCACGUGACUGGUACGGACCAAGAGUUCAAUUUGGAAAUCACGUGGUGGACGAGUUAGUCACGUGAUUGAGAGGUCACAUAAUGGACAAGUAAGUCACGUGAUGGACGAAUUUUAUUUAUGUUGGAUAAGCAGAUAUUUUGUACCAACCAGGACAUUUUUAAUAUUUUGACAAUUUAAUUACCCUGCUAGCUGGUUUGCUUACAUAUAUAAUAUUCAUAAGCAUAUAUAUGUACAUAUGUUGAGUAUUUUAUACUUUUAUAUUAUGAAAU